CUCCCUCUCACGAUGACUGAGAUUCACACAACUUUUUUUUCUCCCUCUUCUUCGUGCCUUCAGCUGCUGAGUGGUUAGAUCUAAUUGCUUCAGUGAGGUCACCAAAAGGUAUUUAUCGAAAAGCAUUGAACAACAACAGACUUAACACAGACACACAGAGAAAACCCCUCUUGCGCUUUGAUUUAUGGAAACAUUAAGGAUUGUACUACAGUUCUUUCUGGGUUGAGAAAUCUUGUCAGAGCAGACUCAUGUUGCAGAAAGCAGGCGGCAGAAAUGGACUACACAUAUAUCCAGCUGUUAUCUUCGAGAAUAAUUCUGUUAAAUUUGCAUUCAACAGUAUGUCCGAGUGGUCUUGAAUAUUAUUGCUGCCAAGGUUAUCCCAUUUUGAUCUUCUGAGGACACCGUGGAAAAAGAACAGUUUUGUGAAGUUCACAAUUUAUGGCAUAGACACAAGACAGUAAUACAAGCCUGGAGUUAAACUGAGUUGUUUCAUCUAAACGAAUAGCAAAGGGUACAACCAGGUCUUGGACCUAGAAACACAGAUCCACCUGAGAUUUAAGUUUCAUUAUGAUGUUCAUGAAAACCCAGAUCACUGCACUAUAAUGCGCAAAUGGAUACUAACUUGGAUCCUGCCAACUUUGCUUUACAUACCAUAUCUUUACACUAUCUUUCUACUGGGCACGCUCUCACUAGCCUGCAAUGACAUGACUACAGAGCAAACGGCUGCAAAUGUGAACUGUUCCAGCCUUGAGCGGCAUACCAGAAGUUAUGAAUUUAUGAAAGGGAGUGAUGUAAGAAUAAGAAAACUUUUUUGUCGAACACAGUGGUAUCUGUGGAUUGAUAAGCGUGGUAAUGUAAAGGGUACGCAAGACCCGAACAACAGCUACAGUAUUCUGGAGAUCAGAACAGUAACAGUUGGUGGGAUAGUGGCAAUCAAAGGAGUGCAAAGUGAAUAUUUUCUAGCUAUGAACAAAUCUGGGAAACUCUAUGGAAAGAAAUCUUGCAAUGAAGACUGCAACUUUAAAGAGCUAAUCCAAGAGAACAAAUACAACACAUAUGCAUCAGCAAAGUGGACCCAUAAUGGAAAGGAGAUGUUUGUUGCAUUGAGUAAUAAAGGCUCUCCAAUUAAAGGGAAGAAAUCCAAGAAAGAAAACAGAAGCUCUCACUUCCUUCCAAUUCAAACAUCCUAACCAAUAAUUAAAAGUUCCAGCAGAAUAUUUUUUUACCUUAAUAAUAUUAAUAAUUAUAAUAAUGAAAACAUACAAAAGGAAAAAGCUGGAUCUACUACUGAAAAUCCUAACAAGCUGGACUUGCAUAUGUAUGUGGAGAUAAAAGACUUCCACCAAAAAACUAAAAGGAGGGGGGAAAAAAUCGUAUCAUUUACCCAAAACAAGAUAUAGCUAAAUUCAAGUUGUAAAAAUUCUAAAGUUAUGUACAAACAUAUGUUAGUAAUAAUCCAGGGGUAUUAUUUUUGUUAAAUUAUCCAACCCCAAAGAAGGAGGAUUGACUUGAUCAUCUGAUGAUUUAUAUUUAAAAUGAAAAUCUGCUUGUCAAAUAUGGCUGCUAAAAAAACAUGUUUUAUUUUUCUAUUUUUAAGAGCAGAUAAUAGUGUUAUGUAAAAUAUGUCGGACCAUGAGGCUGCUGGAAUGAUGUCAGAUUUUCAAGUCAAUUCUGAAUGUAGACACUGAGUGGUACCUAAGCAAUUCUUAAUGAAAUAACUAUAUGCACACUAUAAUAUAAAAGAACUUAUAGUUUUAACUUUGUGACUAUGGCAUUUAAAAAUAUAUCAUCCAAUGAGGAUAUCCCACCAUUGUCAAGAACUCCUCACUUAUGAAUGCCAGAUGCUGCUCAUAUUUAAACCAACAGUACUACAAAUACUUUACUCACUUGUCUAUGUGCAGUUUGGUCUACAUAUGAAAACAUCAAUUUCUUGCUGACCUAAUAAAAGUAUUUCAGUUAUAAAACAUUAUCCUUCUUAAACGGUUGUUUAUAUUAGUAGCAGUUUGUUUUGCUGGUGGAUAGCAGAAGGUCAAUGAAUACUUAAUAAAACGGUCACUUUCAGACAAUUAUUUGUGAUUUAUGGGUGCAAUACACUUUAGAUACCUAGUGGUUGAUUUCUCAUUUGGUUAGCAGUUAUUCCUCCGGAUAUUUCAGAUACACGUGUACUCUCAGCUUGGGAAAGUGUGCAUGUGUCCUGAAGAGGAGUAAGGUGCUGCCUGACAUGUCUGACUUA